CUCGUACAAUAAACAAUUGAUGAAAUACUCAGGAUCUCUGAGAUACGAAGAGGCGACCAUACGCGCACACGAUCUGUUUCUGUUGAUCUUUUAGUUGGGCGAAAGCUACUUCUGUUGUGCUCAGAGCCGAAAGAAUCAGGCUCGAGCAAGCGUGUGUCAUUCCAGAAAAGAAACUGAUCAUCACUAACGUGCAAGUAGUAUUAUCACUCAUUGAAGGAAUUCUACUCCCCCGAUCGCCACAGAAAUAUGGGAGUAAAGGGCUUGUGGAAAUUGAUUGAGCCCGUCGGCCGGCCUGUCAAGUUAGAAUCUUUAGAUGGGAAAAUACUGGCUGUAGAUGUCAGUCUGUGGCUUCACCAGGCGGUGAAGGGUCUGCGGGAUCGCCAGGGUAACCCAAUCCCUCAUGCACAUCUGAUAGUGAUAUUCAAUCGUCUCUGCAAAUUGCUGUUCUUCGGCAUAAAGCCCGUUCUUGUGUUCGAUGGAGGAGUGCCUCAUCUCAAGCAAAGAACGCUGGCUGCUCGGCGACAAAAGCAGUCGAAGGCGGAAGGAGAAGUAGAGAGUGCGCAAGAUAAGCUGCUGGUAAACUUUCUGCAGAGCAAGGCGCUUGAAACUAUAACAGGCAUUCCAGCAAGCCUGCCUAACUCAAUCCGUGUUGGUCAGCAACAGCCAGAUGUCUUUGCACUGCCACCGAUGAACAGGGAGCUUCCCAGCAGUGAUGAAGAGCCUGAUGAUGAUGAAAACAGUGCUGCAUCGUUGCUGCCACAGCUAACCCGCACGGGCAAGGCAGACUUUCUUCUAGCCGGUCGGCCGGUGGACGUUGAAUCAGACGACUUCAAGGCUCUGCCGCCAGAGACACAGCAUGAAGUCUUGGUGGAGAUGAAACGCUGUUUCAAGGAGAACUCCUGGUCACAUCUCGACGCCAUGCCUCAGAAAGCCAGCGACUUCUCUCAGUUCCAGCUGCAGAACUUGCUGCAGCGCUCACAGCUGAGCACGCGACUCAGGUCCGUGCGUACCGAUCUGGCGCGGCAGUCGGCAGGAGUUGUUGCGUCCGGUGCCAGUAGCCAAUCAGGUGUUUCGUCUUCGUCUUCACUGAACCUGGACGGCGCUUCCAUCCAAGCCAGUCAGCUUGCAUCGGACAGCUCCACGCACUUUGUGUUCAUCAAACACAAGCUUGGGCUGGAUAGGGACAAGAAUCUGUUCGGCGGUGAUGGCUCAGACACCGAGGCUGGGCAAGCUGCCAAAGAAGUGGCAAAUGAGGAAAAUCUGACUGCUGCGGUUGCCGCCACCUCUUCACUCGAGAAACGUCCCGCUAGCACGAGGGGUGAGGUCACCAUUCAUGUCCCCUCCGACUCAGAUGACAGUGUCCGUGGAGGUGACAUUGCUGGCGGUGUGGCCUCAACUAGCGCAAUGUCGAGCAAUGCUGUCCAGAGUGCUGGUGCUGGUGGAUUUCUAAUUGACGACGACGACGAUGAUGAUAAUGAUGAUGACUCCACUGCCCGUCCUAGUUCAGCCGGUAUGCAAGCGGCUGGAGGUUUUACCCUAGACUCUGACGAUGCUGCAGAUCAAGUCCCAUCUCCAAAAGGCAGUCAGUCGAAUAGCAGUAGCAGAUUACUUCAGCAGAAAGGCGGUUUCCUCAGUGAAAGUGAUCAAGUACCGGAUGUAGACCCAGCCUCCAACAGCCAACCUAACAUUGAUGCACCAAUGGAGUUCACGAAGGCCAGUAGCGGGGCCCACAUGGAUGGUAAAGAUCCAAAAGAUUCUGGACCGACCGACGGCGUAGCUGCUCCACCCUCCACUAUGGAUAGUCCGGUACAAUCACAAUCUUCUCACGGAGCUGUCUCCAGUGCCAGUCAGUCGAAUGCAAGUCUUCAGAUCGUUGUUCCAGUGUCCGAAGCACCGGCGGCUGGCCUUGGAUUCUCUCUGUUUGACGAGUCAGACUUCAUUCCAGCGCCGUCGACUGUAGUUGAUGAGCAGUAUUCGGUACUGGCAGGCAAGACUUCUAUGUCCACAGGGGUACAAGAUACCAACCCUGAAGCAGACAUUCAAGUUGUCAUGCCCGAUGGUGAACCGUCAGUUUCUCCUACUCCAGAGAUUUCUUUGCAACCACCAACCAUAUCUCUAGCGGUGGCAGGUGGCAGUCCGAACAAUUCUUCUAGUGCGGCCGGCGAACGGAGCAAAUGGGAAGAACCCCAAUUGCAGAUGUCGUCAGCACAGUUGCACGAGCACCUCAGCGCACAGCAGCAGACGCUGCAGCGUCACCAGCAGACACAGCAGAGGCGCAUAUCCGGUCUCACCAGCCAGAUGAUGACGGAGACGCAGAAUUUGCUGAACUUGUUCGGCGUGCCGUACUUGGUUGCACCAAUGGAAGCCGAAGCACAGUGUGCGUGGCUGGAGGAGAAUGGUCUUGUGGAGGGUAUCAUCACGGACGACAGUGAUGUGUGGCUGUUUGGCGCCAGGACCGUCUACAAGAACUUCUUCAACCAGGACCGGGAUGCCGAGCAAUACACGGCUCUGACCUUGAAGAACAGGAUGGGUCUUUCCCAGGAGGAGUUGAUUGGUGUGGGCAUGCUGUGUGGGAGUGACUACACGACUGGAGUGCAAGGCGUAGGCUGUGUGCUGGCCAUGGAAGUGUUGAAUGAUUUCCGCGGCGGAGUGCUGACCGGACUGGAAAAGUUCAGGGUCUGGUGGCAGGAAGCGAUCAAGAAAGAACCGCUGCCAAAGGAGCCAACUUUGCAUUCACGCGUGCGCAAGCUCGUUGUUCCAGUCGGAUUUCCCGACCAACGCAUCUACAAGGCUUACACGACGCCACAAGUGGACCUGUCGAAGGAACAGUUCGAGUGGGACUCGCCAGAUCUGAUUGCGUUGAGAGAAUUCACCUCAGAUGUGUUUGGCUGGGCAACACAGCGCACCAACGAAAUCCUCCUUCCGGUUAUACAGCGAAUAAACCGUAAAAAGGCCGAUACGCAGCCAGCAAUCACGCAGUUUUUCGACAAGCAGCCAGGCACUAGUGGUACUUCGGCAUCUGCAGGUAUCAAGAGCAAGCGGGUAAAGCGUGUCGUGCUAAGGAUGCUGGACAGAGAGAAGGAAUCUGAGUCAGCAUCUGCUGAGCCGUCUUCGAGUACCACAGGACAGCAAGCGAGGCGUGUUGGUAAGUCGACGAAACGGAAGAGAAGCGGCGGUGGUCCUUGUCUGAGCAGCUCAGGCAGUGACAGUGAGGAUGUCGACAGUGGUCACGAGUCCUCUAACUCAUCCCGUGGGGCAGCAGCAGCAGCAACUGAUGAUGACGACAAUAGCUCCUCUGAUGAGGAUGUCACCGUUGCAGCUAUCGCUACUGCUGCGACUACACAGCGUACUGCAAGAGGUGGUCGCCGUGCACGAGGAAGACCCCAAGCAGCAGGAAGACCCCAAGCAGCAGGCAGACCCCAAGCAGCAGGCAGACCCCCUACUAAGCGUGGCAGUCAAGCACCGAGCCGAAAAAGAACCCGAACGAAAUAAUCACAGAAAUCGAACUAUCCUUCCAAUGGUAGAAGAAGAUGCAUCUACGUUUUUGCUAAUCAAACACUGAGCAUGAUUCAUCAGCAUCUACUAGUACCUCAAAGCAUCUACUACUUCAUCCAACUUAUCGCCACGGCACUUUUUACAUGUGGAGAAUGCGAACAAAAGACUGGCUCUCUCCAUCCUCCAUUUUAAUUUAGAUCGCUUUGGGAAAUCUGCGCAAUAUUUAUGAAUCUUUUCCACCUUUUUUUUAAAUAGACAUUUAGAUCUAGGACUAGUGCAAAAAAAUGGUGGGCAUGUACUAGGUAAAGUUUUUCAAGCCCUUUAGUUUCUUUUUAUUGUAUUUUUGAGUUGUAGUUUUGUUAUAUCCAGUGUCAACGUCAGUUGCUUCAUCUUUGGCCAGCCAGCGGUUACGGUGGUUCUUGGGAAAUAGUUUCCCAGCUUUUGCAAGUUGCAGUGGCACGGUAAGUUUAGUCAUUGUUGUCUUUGAACGAAAGUGGACCAUUGGCCUGUA